AUGCAUCCUGGCUCGAUGAGUAAUGCUUGUGUGGAUAAGUUAUAUUCUGGACGUAUUGAGGAAAGACCAGUUGACCAAUUGGUAUUGUCACUGGUGCUCAGUUCCUUUUGCUAUCGUUUGGCACAUUCAGAAUUGACAAUCCUUUCAGGUUAUUCCUUAAUGAUGUGGGAGGUAUCGAAGGAAGGUGCUGAGUUAUUACAGGAUUGGUUGAAUGAAUUGGGUGAUGAGAGUAUGAAAGCACAAAAUAAUCGAUUAGUGAAGGAGGAAAUGAUGAUAUUUGAAUAUGAUGAAAUGAUGUCCAUUCUGAAUCGUCUUUCCAAGAAAUUCCCUAUUUAUAAGUUUAUUGAGAGAAUAAAGCCUCAUGUUCCAGUAAUUGAGAAGAAAGUUAAUCCUGAAUAUGAAGCUAGACUCGAAAGACUGAGACAAGAGCAGGAAGAUCGUGAAUAUCGUAAGAUGACACGAUCGGUUGAUCCUAAUCAAAUUUAUGGGCGUGAAAACUUAUUGCAUGGAUUCGGUGAAGAAAUGAAAGCAGUGAAUAGGCAAUUGAUGGUAAUAUUAAAUGCACUUCUUACAGUAGCUGGUGGAUUUUCGUUUGGAUAUUUUGGAGUUGCCUACGCUUAUCCGGAUUUGCAUAUGAAUGUGGCGUUUCGAAUAGCUCUUGGUUUAGCAAUUGGCACUGUUGUUUUCUUUGCUGAUCUCUAUUUUAUAAUAAAAGGAAUGAAUGAUUUGGGAGAGAAACCAAUAAAGGCAAAGAAGGUGAUUAUGACAGAAAAAAUUCGGCGAAGUGAUACAAUGAAAAAAAUGCAGUGA